AUGCUCCAUUGUCCGCCCACGCGCACUCAUCACGCGCGCCCCGCGAUAGACGGACAGGCGCUGAACGAGGGACGGACAGGUCGGUGUGGAUCCAGCGCCUACGUGUACACCAACUCAACACCCGCCUUUUACUCCUUGACCUCGAAGCAACGGCGUUUGAUGGCGCGAAGGGGCGAUCGUGUUCACGCGCCGAAAGAGGUUCUGAAUGUGCGGCAGAAACCGAACCCGGACGAUUCUAUUAAGCUUUCGAAGAAACAGUCGUCUUCCGCUUCGACGAAAAAGAAGUCGUCAGCCAAUAGCACCGGUGUGAACGAGGGUGGUAAAAGACGCAGCACUGUUGCCAAGAGAUCGUCAAAAAUCCCAUCAGUGGGGGUGACCGCCCCUUCUCCUGUCUCUGAGUCAACGUCCGAGAACGUUGAGAAGUGUAACGGCAAAGCAUCUAGGACUGCGGGUUUGAAAGAGGCGGAGCCCGCGAAAGAGGCAUCGAUUAGCUCAAAGAUUCCUCCUGGACUCCACGAUGACUUCUCGUCGAUUGCAUUUGACAGCGCAGACGGCAGGCCGGUGACUGCGUCGACGCUGACAUCGAAGGAGCUCCCGACGAAGGCUUCUGUGGACGCCAACUUGCCUCAACGCGCUGCGAAGCCUGUGAAUGUUGUGCGACCUACCAAUGGUGGGCGACCUCUGUCUGCUUUGAACGGUGACCUAACGCCAGCAGAAGCCUGUGAGCUGAAGGCGUCUCUGGGGAAGACGAAUACAAAGCAUCUUGCCUCCUCAUUGUCAUCAGCCCCACCACCUCCAAUUCACGUUGCCGGUCAACCUGACAAUGUUUGGACAGCUCGAAAUCUAACGGUCCACGCCAACACCGAGCCGAAAUCGUCGCCAGCACCUCAGACACCACCUCCCACCAGCCUUUCUGAGAAGUCAUCUCCGAAGGACGAGGAUACUGAGAAACCAAAGAACUGUUCCGCAUCGACCACCUCCACGAAACUCGUAAAGUCUGGACCCUCGGAGAAGCGCAAAAAGCAAUCCAAGGGUGCUGACAGUCUGAAGCAAAAAGUCGCGUCCUCAGCCUCCGAAGUAGGUUUAGGUGAUAUGAAAAUCGCCAAGAAGGACCAGCAUCUGGGAGGCAAUCUUCCGGCUGGCAAUCUCCCACCCGCUGCGACGGCAACUACUCUCGACGUGACGGAACAGGCGCCGAUUUUUCUACUUUCACCAACACCGGGUACUUCGCACCCCUCUCAGCACCCCUAUUACUUUGGUCCGCCCUUCUAUGCUGCCGGAGGACCCCAUCCCUCGACCUUUUUCGCCGCACCUCGACACACCCACUUUGGUCCGCCGGCGCCGUCACCGUGCUUCAUCCCACCGCCGCCGCCACCAUCCCACUUCCAGCAGACACAUCACUCUCCCACGCCUCCUCCACCCUACUUCUUCUCGCCUGCCAACCCCGCGGCAGUGGUGGCGGGGACUCCGUACCUCUCCUUCCAGCUCCCUCCUCCACCAAUCUCGCACGGGCUCCCAGCACACCUGCACGCUGGCGGACCCAAUUCCGCCGGCACUCCUGUGCUUGGCGUUCCCCACACAAUACCCUUCGUCGCCCAAGCCGCCACCGCCGGCGGGGGAACAAUGGCACUGGGGGAGGAAGAGCGGAAUGCGAUUAUUCAAGUGCUUUCAAAAAUCGGGCCACCAGAAAUCAGCUCCGUGGACUGCCGCAGCGUGACCAUCAACAUUUCAGUCCCCGAGAAUUUGUCCAUAGGUGUUCAAGAGCAGCCACUCGAGGACACCUCGAAAGCCAAAGGAAACUUCAAUGGCCAUAAAGAAGAGUUCAAUGCCGAGGAAUGCAGUAGAGUCGGCGUUGAAGACGCGGACACCGUCCAGGCCUCCUCCCCGAAUGGGCCCUCAGGCAGUGAUGCCGCCGAGUGCCCACCAACGCCUUCAACUGCGAAAUUGUGGUCGAUUCCGCCCUCUGAACUCCGUUUCGCCCUCUACCUUGCCGAACGCAACGAGAAUUUCGUUUGUGUUUAUGUAGGCGAAGCAACGUGCAUUCUCCUGCAGGACUUGAGGCCAGGUGUCCAGUAUAACAUUAAAGUGUGCUGCAUGUACGAGGGCCUGUGCGGUGGAAUCUCCGAAUCGACAGAGUUCGUUACUCUAGCAACAAAGCCCGCGUGUCCGCGUCCUCCGAACGUGUUCUCCAGAACCAAGAGCACUCUUAGCGUGCGCUGGGCAGUGCCGGCCGACAACGGGGCCAAGAUAACCUCGUACUGUCUCCAGUAUGCAGCGAUUACAAAGGGCGGGUUUGUCCCGGUUGAAGUAGUCUUUUGUAGCCAAUGCUUCCUGCGACGAAAAGCUCAUCAUUCUGUGUGGAGAGCUGCGUCGGCUGCUCGUCAGCUCUGCCAUGAGCUGCGCCUCUGCCCUACGCCGGACAAAUCAAUUAGGCGCGGAAUUAGCCUGUUGUUCAGUUCAUCCCAAUGUAGGAAAAAACAAGCCUUACUCACUCGCACCUUUGCAUAA